AUGAAACGGCGACAAAAGAGGAAACAUCUGGAAAUUGAAGAGUCUAAGGAAGGAAUUUCAAAGUCACAAGAGGAUGGUCCUCAGCCUGAAUCUACUGGAGGGGCCAAAGCUCCGAGUCCAGGGGUAGGGGAGGCCUCCCCUGCCUCCGAAUACUUCUCCUGUGUUUCUUCUCCACACCAGCUCAUCCAUCAUAGUAAGGGUGCAAGCCGGAAUUUACAAGCCAGUUCCAACCCCAGAUCACCAUUAGAUCAGGUCCCGGAAGGAGAGGCGACUACUGUUCCUUCACAACAUGCCUUGUCAUCCGGUCCAUCUUAUAAGACUUGUGUGUCCUCUCUGUGUAUAAACAAAGAGGGCAGGGGGAUGAAAAUAUAUUACAUGCAGGUGCAAAUGAGAAAAGGUGUGGCUAUCUCCUGGGACACAAAAGAAACUUCGGAGUCCCCAGAAAAGCAGCCAAGGAUGGAAGAAGCCACCCUGCCUGAGGGUGUGUGGGUUGGCACUCCACCCUCUGAUGUGUCCACCAGAAACCUCCUGUCGGACAGCGAACCCAUUGGGGAAGAGAAAGAACAAGAGGAAAAGCCAGAGUCAGACAGCCCGCCAGGGUCACCUAUGGUUGAAGAGAGACCCAGGGCCAGGACACCUGACUGGAUGGUGACCAUGGACAACGGCUUCAGGUGUAUGGGCUGCUGCAGGGUCUUCACCACCUUGGAGAACCUCCAAGAGCACGUGCGGUACGGCAUGAGGGAGGGCUUCAGCUGCUACGUCUUCCAUCUCACCAUGGCUCAGCUGAUUGGCAAUAUGGAAUCAGAGAGCACCCAGGGCAAUGAAGAGGACAACCGCGCGGAAAAAGAGAAGCCUAAGGGAAAGAGUGCCGAGGAGCAGCAGCCCACGGAGGAGGGCGUGGUGAAGAAGCCGUGGAGCCAGUGUCCAGGCUGUGUGUUUGAUUCUCCAAAGGACAGAACAACUGAGAUUCCUGGGCCAGAAGAGCCUGCAAGAUGGGGUGGCCUUCUCUUUGGAGAGGAAGAAGAAGGGACCAUCAAGACAGCAGUGGCAGCACAGAAUGCCAACAGUGUAAAGGAAGACGUAAAGGAAGACGCAAAGGAAGAUGAAAAGUCCAGCACUCCGUCGAACACAUAA